GAACAAAAGGGCCAAAGGGACCAACCACAAAACCCUAGACCGGCGCUCACCUCUCUCGCCGCCGGAUUCCCCUCCUUCCCGGCCUCGUCCGCCCGCCCGUCCCCCCUCCGAUUCCGCCGCCGGUUCAACACCAACCUUGUGUUCUCAGAUGGACAGCCGCAGCCAGUCUGCUGGGAAGCGCGCGCGCACGGACGGUAGCCGCCGCGACGACGACUGGGUUUGCCCCAGCUGCAAGAACGUCAACUUCGCCUUCCGCACCACCUGCAACAUGCGCAAUUGCGACCAGUCCAGGCCCGCGGAUCACACGAAUGCUAUGCAGACUCCGCCCCACUACUCGGUGCAAGGGCGAUUUAUGGGCCCUGGGACGCCUCCGUCCAUGUACCUCACUGGGGCUCCUCCCCAGUAUGCCUCCUCCCCCUAUAAUGGGCAUGCCAUGCCACGUUAUGGUAUGCCCCCUUUCCCAGCGGGUUCUGGAUACCCAUAUGGCUAUGGCGGUCGUGUACCCAUGGGGAGCCCCUAUGGGCCGCCGAUGCAUAUGACUGGGCCACCUCCGUAUUCUGGUGGAUCUAUGAUUGGUUCAGGUGGCAUCUACAGCAUCAGCAUGCCCAUGGACAGAUAUGGUUUGGGCUUACCUGCUGGUCCUGGUGCAAUGGGUACAAGGGCUGGUUCCUAUUCUGAUGAAGGUUUGCAGAAUAAAUCCACAGGAGCUAGGCGUGAUAAAGAUUGGGAGUGCCCUAAUUGCAAUAACAUGAACUUUUCCUUCCGUACAGUCUGUAACAUGAGAAAAUGCAACACACCAAGACCUGAUAACCAGGGAUCCAAUCCUGACAGCUCAAGAGGUCCAAUCUUACCAACUUUUCACAUGACAGAACCAAAGACACCAGAGGGUAGUUGGAAGUGUGAGAAGUGCAAUAACAUAAACUAUCCUUUCCGGACAAAAUGCAACCGCCCCAGUUGUGGCGAAGAAAAGCCGCCACAGAUAGAUAAUCCUGAUGAUUUGGUUACAGAUCAGGACAAUCAGUGAGUCGUAGAACAGUUAUGAGGGUCAAGAAGGUUCAGCAUGGUCGUCCAAGUUUCAGUCUCAAUGUCUGGGGUCAAUCUGUGUCAGUAGUUGCUGCUGUCGUUUCAAGUUUCUUCCCCUUGGGACAUAGUUGAGUCACCGCCCUAAUGGUAAACGUUUUGAAGUUGGCAACUGGAGUCUUGGCUUUUGCUAUCAGCCUAUCACUACAGAUAUUGAUCAAGAACAUCCAUUUGUUAAUAUCCUACCGAAGCUUUGUUAGUUGUCCUGGAUACUGUUAUCUCAGGGGAAAUUGCUAUUUCUGAUUAUGGAUUCUAGCUACUUUUGUGUCUUAGGUGCCUUUCAUCUCCAAUGAAGUAUUACUACAAUGUCCAUGAUUUGAUAUUGAUUAGUGAGUUUUGUCUGUGGUCUUCUAUUUGCUGUUCGUGUUUGAAUGGCUGCAUAAUUGGUCCUGCUACAUUAAAAGAAAGUUUAAGAGAUGUUUGUCUGGUAGAUUCUCUCAAUGUGGAAAUCUUCCCUUUGCAGUUUGUCCACACACUCCCUCCGUGACAUACCGAAGUGUUUAGAAAUCUUAGGAAACGUUCCCUCUGGCACUUUUGCUUGUACCAACAGCUACCUCCACGAAACUACUAAAUAAUGGUGGUAGCCAAGGAUCAUCAGAGUGACACUUGUUUAUAAGACAUCCAUCAGUGUUUUUUUGUUGGGUUUCCGGAACAUAAAUAAGGAUCUUUUUAUGUUACGUUUUCUAUAACCUUAAGUUCCGUCGAAAAAUUGUGUUAGUUUGGUAAGCAGACCUAGCUAAACAUUUUGAAGACAAUCCUAUUCCUAUUUAGUUGGGACCACAGGCUGAGCUUUUUCUUGAUUUCCAUCACCAUAAAUAUAUUCAUUUUUCUGAUGAAAGAGUGCUCUGUGUUGAAACGUUAUUCUUAAUUAGGAACUUGAUUUGCCCUGUUGUCAAAUUUCCAGUCAUGUUGAUAGUUUGUCGCAGUAUGUAUGUGUUGGUAGUAAAUAAAAUGUCAUCAAUUACUGCCUGCCUGCCUGCCUGCCUGCAUCAAGAGCUCAUCUGCAUGCUGUUAUGUGCAUGUUACUGUUGUUCUCUGGUGCGUAGUGUUUACAAGUUUGACAAUUCUGACGUGUUGGGUUCAAAGAGAAGAUCCGUGACCAUUCUGACGUGCAUCAUCAUCAUCAUCAUCACAUUGUGGGAUGGUAGACUCGUCACCUUGCAUACUUGGUUCCAUCACUUCUGCUUGACUGACUGGGUGUCAUUGAAAUUAGUUUUUGUCAUGUAAUAUUGGGAAGCUUUUGUCAAAGAUGCAACUUUCACAUGACUUUGAAGACAACAAUGAUGUAACCGAGAUGGAUCCUCCUGGUCAUGCUGCUGGACCACCGCUGCCAACAAGUUCGCAUACCCUGCGAAUGGCAGCUCUCAAUGAGUUGCAGAAAGGUUUAAUGACCUAAUGCGCUACCAUAUCACUGUCUUGAAACAAGGUGAAAAGUACCGGACAACAGGUGGUGUUGCUCGCAGUGAUUUCAGUGAGGGAGAUUUGAGAUCGAAAGCAAUUAUCUCAUGGUUAGCCCCAUGAUGUAACAGCCCGUUUGGUAGCCCUCAUUUCAUUUGGUAGAAAUGAAAUGACAAUUCUUUUUAUAUAAUAAUUUCAUUUGGUUGAAUUUCAUGGAAUCUCACUUUUUGUAUUCAAUUCCGUACCAACCAAACAAGUUAUUAGUUCUUGGGAUCUAAAAUGAAUUGUAGGAUUCCAGACUCAAAUGCUGUGAGCCAAACGAGAUGCAAGAGAUUUUGUUCAGAUCGUGUA